UUCGGUUAGUCACCAGGCAACACUCUUCUUCUUCUUCUCUAUUUGUUUCUCCUCUUAAAUCCUCUCUCUAACCCUUCCAAAGGCCGCGUUUCGUUGAGCCAUUUCCGGCAAUGAACCAUGGGCUUUUUUCGCCGACUUUUUGGCGCCAAGAAGCCCAGUAACUCUCCCACUCCUAAAGAGAAGAGAAGAUGGAGCUUCACUAGAUCCUCCAAUUCCGUACCCUCACACUCCUCCACCAAGCGGGACGCUUCGCUGACUUCACUCGAUGCUAAUUUGGAUGCUAACAAGCAUGCAAUAGCUGUUGCCGCCGCCACUGCGGCCGUCGCCGAGGCGGCUCUUGCCGCGGCUCAUGCGGCGGCGGAGGUUGUCAGAUUGACGGGAGCUGGUGGUCUUAGCGGCGUUUCUGCCUCCCCUCAUAUUAGCCACCAACGCUGGGCCGCGGAACUCGCCGCCGUCAAAAUACAAGCCGCGUUUCGAGGCUAUUUGGCAAGGAGGGCACUGAAGGCACUAAAAGCAUUAGUGAAGCUUCAAGCACUGGUCAGAGGUCACAUUGUGAGGAAGCAAACAUCAGAUAUGCUCAAGCGCAUGCAAACAUUAGUAAAAGUGCAGGCAAGAGCCCGUGCUAGUCGCAUUCACGGGUCAGAAUCUUUGUGGUCUAGCAGCAAGUCCUCUCGUUCUCAUAAUCCCCCACCACCAAGUCCUGACAAAGCAGAACAUCAACGUCGUGCUCAUAGUACUAAGUUUGAUGGGCCCUCAAUCUUGAAGAGAUGUGGUUCUAAUUCAAACUUGAGGGAUAUCAUCGACCUAGAGAAAGCACGAUUGGGUUCAAACUGGUUAGAUCAUUGGAUGGAAGAAAGUUUAACACACAACCACAGAGUCAAUUCACUUAGAAAUGGACAUGUAGAUGAUGAGAAGAGUGACAAGAUUUUGGAAGUAGAUACUUGGAAGCCUCACUUGAGCCCCCAACAACACAGUAGAACCUUAAGGAACACACAGCAUGGGUCCACUCGGGAUUACAACAAUCACAGUUUUAUGACAAUAGACUCUCCAUCCAAAUUAUCGACAAAAACAGUGAACCCAGUCCCAAGCUUAACUUAUGGUGAUGUUUUAUCAAACUCUGUAAAGUUUCCAGUCGGAAAAAGUGAAGCAACUUUGAGAACUGCUGAGAACAGCCCACAUGCAUCUUCUGCAUCAAAUAGACCAGGAAGUAGUGCAAGAAGAGGUCCUUUCACCCCCACUAGGAGUGAAUGCUCCUGGGGCUUCUUUGGUGGAUACUCAGGUUUCCCUAAUUAUAUGGCUAACACACAAUCAUCGCGGGCUAAGGUUAGGUCACAGAGUGCCCCAAGGCAGAGGCUUGAAUUUGAGAGAUAUGGUUCCACCAGAAGGCCAGUUCAGGGGUUUUGGGAAGGGGGGGCUAAUUCAGAAAGGGAUUUUCCUCAACAAGCUGACUUCAGGAAUAAAGCUUACUUGUCAACUGAUCGCUUGAAUAGACUUGGUAAUGCAUAUUUUCGUUGAUGAUUUAUCCCUGUAUGUUUUUUAUUUGAAUUUCCUUUUUAUGUUGUUUUUUCAUUGCUUUUUGAGUGCAUGACUGGCAGGUUGCGUGUGUUGUAAUUAUAACUCGUGUUUUAGUCCUUACACGACUGAAUUUAAUGUUAUCAAUGUUGAAAAUAGACAUGGUUUUUUGAAA